AUGACGAGGACCUUGCCGUCGGUCCGUGAGAGGAGCUCGGAGGCGAGGCCCGAGACGCAGGCGAUGCGGUACAGGGUCAACACGGUGGCGUCCGCGGUGGCGAGGGGCUGGCCGGUGAGGGGAGCUGAAGAGGACGAAGACAGCGUGGACCACCGGCAGGUUCAGCACGAAGGAGUUGCCGGGGAAGUGGGUCACGAGCUUGACGCCGAUGCAAGGGAGGGAAGGGUGAGAGGACCAGGAGGGCAUGAGGAGGAGGGAGGUGGAGGGGGCGGCGGCGGCAGAGAGGGGGUGGGAGUGGCACCGGCAGAGAGGGGUGUGGACGGAGGAGGAGAGGGUGGAGGCGUGGAGCGGAAGACUGGUGGGAGUCUGGGAGAGGACAGAGGAGGGCGUGAGUAG